GCCACGAGGACAUCACUAUUUUCCCCCCUACUUUGUUCAAUAUUUAUUCUCGUUGCACAACAAGCCACAGCCCAGACCAUUUGUUUUAAUGACAAAGGUAACUUCACCCUUAACAGUACCUACCAUGAUAAUCUCAAUCACCUCCUCUCAAACCUUCUCAACUCCCAAAACCACAAUGGCUACGGCUUUUACAAUUUCUCUUUCGGCAGUGCCUCCAGCCAAGUUUUCGCAAUCGGAGCAUGCCAAGGGGACGUUACGAUCGAGGUCUGCCGGAGCUGUCUUAACGAGACUAUGCAUGUUGUCCGAGAGGCCUGCCCCAAUCAGAAGGAGGCAGUCCAAUGGGCCGACAAAUGCAUGUUGCGCUACUCUAACCGCUCCUUGUUUGGCCUCAUGGAAACUAGUCCAAAUCGAAUUUUAUAUCAAACCGCAAACGUACCAUCCGAUUCUGUUGUGGCAUAUUUUGAUGUUCUUAUGAAUUUGACAAAUAACCUGAAAAGUCGAGCUGCGGCUGGUGGCUCUCUUCGAAAAUUUUCUGCAGCAAGAGUACAAAGUCCAAUACUAUUUAAAACCAUAUAUGGGCUUGUGAUGUGCACACCUGACUUGUCCCAGAACGACUGCAUCAAUUGUUUGGAUUAUGUAGUUGGGACUUUUCCGGGAUCGAGUUUUAGGACAUUUGGGGGAGUAAUAUUGGCCCCCAGUUGUAAAUUUAGAUAUGAAGAUUACCUUUUCUAUAAUUCUACGGCCGAAGAAGUUUCGCCACCAUCCCCACUGCCAAAACCCCCAACGGCAUCUCCUCCUCCGCCAUUAAUGCUUCAACCCGGAACGAAGAAUAACACGUCUUCAGCUCGAACAAUAGUUAUAAUUGUUGUUGCGUCUACUGCGUUUGUGGGGUUAAUCAUUUCCAUCGUUAUUAUUAUGUUUUUUGUUCAAGUUAAUCACCGCUCAAACGAACCUGAUGCAGAAGAAACUGUAAGUGUAGAAUCAUUGCAAUACAGUUAUGAGACAAUCAAACUUGCUACAGAUAAUUUCUCUGAGGAAAAUAAGCUUGGACAGGGUGGAUUUGGUGCUGUUUACAAGGGUAGACUUUCUAAUGGUCAAGACAUAGCUGUGAAAAAAUUAUCUAGAAGAUCAUCCCAAGGUGAUCUCGAAUUCAAGAAUGAGGUAACGCUAGUUGCCAAGCUACAACACCGCAAUCUUGUAAGGCUUCUCGGUUUCAGCUUAGAAGGAAACGAAAGGCUUCUUGUCUAUGAGUGUAUGCAAAAUGGAAGUCUUGAUUCUUUCAUAUUUGAUUCAUCAAAGCGUAAGAAUUUAGAUUGGGAUAGGCGUUACAAAAUAAUAGGAGGCAUGGCUCGAGGACUCCUUUACCUUCAUGAAGAUUCUCGUUUGAGAAUUAUUCAUCGAGAUCUCAAAGCGAGCAACAUCCUUUUAGAUGAAAAUAUGCAUCCCAAGAUAGCAGAUUUUGGAACCGCAAGACUUUUUGUUGUUGAUCAAACUCAAGACAAUACGAGACAAAUAGUAGGAACAUAUGGAUAUAUGGCUCCCGAAUAUAUCAUGCAUGGACAAUUUUCAAUCAAAUCUGAUAUAUUUAGUUUUGGUGUAUUACUUUUAGAAAUAAUAAGCGGACAGAAAAUAAAUUGUUUCCGAGAAGGAGAACAUACCGAAGACCUUUUAAGCUAUACAUGGAGAGAAUGGAGGGAAGGAAAUGCUACAAAUAUUGUAGAUCCAUUAAUGAGAAUUGGGAUAAGAAGUGAAAUAAUAAGAUGUAUUCAUAUAGGACUAUUGUGCGUCCAGGAUAAUUUAGUUGACAGACCAACCAUGAAUGCUAUUGUUCUCAUGUUAAAUAGCAACUCUGUUUCUCUCCCAUUACCCUCAAAGCCAGCUUUCUUUAUGCAUAGCAGCAUGGGAUCAAGUAUGCCAUCGCCAUCAGAUUUCAAUUCAAGAAUGAAUCAGCCUAAGAAUGAGUCUGUAAAUGAAGCUUCUAUUACUGAACCUUCCCCUCGUUAGUACUAGCUGUUGUUGAAGAUAUGUAAUUAACUUGUAUUUACAACAUGUAUGGUCUUUGUUGUCAUUUGCAUUGGGACAAUGAUAUAUAGCAUUGAAAGUAUAAUAAUAAUAA